GUUGUUGCGCGCUUCGGGACGGUUUGUCCGCAAUUCGUUGCAGCGAGGCAGACUUCCGGGGACCUUAGUGCUCGAAUGGCCGACGUCAAGGUUGUCUUUUCUGUCAAACGAGAUCGUUUCCACGAUGAGUGAAAUCAUGUAAACGUUCACGGUUGCUUCGUUAAAAAUCGCACGAACGUUGAUAGAUCGGUGUAAGGAUCGCGGGUGUGGGGUGUGUCCGUGGUUUUGAUGAACGGUUACGCGAGGAGAGGCACCGGUGUCCCCCGCAAAAUUUUGGAUUCAUCGAGAGGGUAAUCCCUGUUCUUCGCUGGGGGUGCAACGGGAACCGAGCGAAUAAAAAAUAUAUCGUAACGACAGGGAAAACCGAAGACACGAUUCUCGGUCCGUUCGAGAAUGAAUUUCAGAUGAUUGACCGAAACGUACGACUGGCGAUUCGACAUUAUGAAUUCGAAUAUAGUUAUGGAGGAUAGUAUGAGUGUUAAGUCAAUGGAAUCAGUGGCAACGAGCGACGAAUAUGUGUUUGUAAAUGACAGAGGGAAUGGAAAACAACAACAAGCAGUACUUGAAUUACCAAUGUUAAAAAUUGCUAAUAACGGUAACCUGGAAGAUCUACAAAACAAUCUUCGCGAGGUAUUAUCAGAGGACUCGAAAAUGGAAAGUAACGAGUAUAAAAUUGUAAGCAGCGUACAACAAAAUCAACCAAAGACAAAAAAUGUGGGAUUCAGUAAAUUUUAUGAUACAAGUUCUUGUAUGGUUUCAUCCGAAAAACAAGACAUUAUGAAACCAGAAGAUUUUAUCGACGAAGGUAUAGAAUCCUUAGCUCAUGUCCAACAAGAGUGUACUAUUUUCAAUGGUGUGACUUACUUGGGAUCAACAGCAAUAAAUGCACCGAAAUCAGAGUGUGAAAUACAGCUCAACAUGAACAUACUAAAUGCAGAACAGUCCCUUAAUUUAGGAAUCAAAGUGUCUGUAUCUGUACCUAGUAGUUCUCAAGGUUCUGUUGUUUUGUACGACGCUGGUACACAACAGCCAAUUGCACAUUACGAGGUGCAACGAAUUUUGUUUUACGCACGCGGUGAAAAUACCGGAGCGUGUGCGGCUUGCUUUGCUUUUACAUGGUCUCACGGGGACACAUUGGAAUCUGCCAUUUAUCAGUGUCAUGUUUUUCGGUGUGACAUACCGGAAGCGGUGGGACAAGUCUCUGCUUGUUUUUCCAAAGCGUUUCACAGAAUACCGCGAUCGAUGACUAAUUCUUUAACAGGGAGCGAUUUUAAUGGCUUUAACAAUGGGAGCGAAAAAACGAAUUCCCGUGUAUUUAUUUUCGAAGUGACAAUGGAAAUAAAGGAGGAGGAUGGAAAAGGGAGCUUCAGCACGGUUCCUAAAGACAGAAAUUGUUUUAAACUCCGAAGUAAUAUACCUAAACAAGUAUGUUUAAGUAUUCAGCAAGUAUCUAGCAAGGAAGGCGGAAUUACACUCGAACUUGAAAGGUGCUUCGGUGUUCUUGUUAGCCCCGGUCGCAACGUUAAGCACAGCGAUAUGAGACUGCUUGAAAUGCAAAUCAAUGCCGGUCCAUUAGUACAAGAUAAACAAUGUUACAAUAUGUGUGGGCUUUGGGAUCCUGCAGAUCCAGCUUUGGAAACUCUUAACGUAGAGACACCCAGGGAGGGGAAGAUUUUCAUAACAGUCGCCGUCGAUUUAGUGAUACAUUGCAUUCGGGAACCCGUGAGAUUUAUAAUAGAGACGUCGGUUAAAGUGUUUCCACAGAACGAGAGGUUUUGGUACUUUAAUAAACGAAGCCUCGUACAACAAUUUUAUCUUAAUUCAAAAGAAAUAAUAUCCGGGGAUGGGACGGAAGUUCAUUACGAAGUACAAAGUAUAGAGACAUCAGGAGAAUUAGACAGAAACAGAUUGAACCUUGCUCUGAAUUUAGCGUCACUGAUUCGAUCACCGUCGUUAACUAGUAUCGAUACUCUCACGCCCAAAGAAGAAAUAGAUUCAGAUGGAGAUGAACCGAUGUUAAGCGGUACAGGUGAAGUGUCGAAGGAUUGUUCCGCAGAUGAGCUAGCUAAUUGGGCGGAGGUUCUGAUUAGUUGGUUAGUUAACGAACAACGCCCGAAACUUCUUAUAAAACUAACGAAACAAGGCAUUCCGGAAGCUCUACGCGGCGAAGUAUGGCAACGUUUGAGCAAUUGCGACAAUUCGAAAGAAAUGAUGGACAAAUAUAAAACUUUAAUCACCAAGGAAAGCAGUUGCGAAAGCGUUAUUUUAAGAGACAUUAAUAGAACAUUUCCUGCCCAUGACUAUUUCAAAGAAACUGGCGGUUUAGGACAAGAUUCUUUGUACAGAAUAAGUAAAGCGUAUGCGGUGUACGACGAAGAAGUCGGAUAUUGUCAGGGACUUAGCUUUUUAGUCGCUAGUCUACUACUUCACAUGCCGGAAGAGCAAGCUUUCUGUGUCUUGGUUAAGUUAAUGUACGACUAUGGUUUAAGAGACUUGUACAAGGAUAGAUUCGACAAUCUCCAUAUGCGAUUUUAUCAGCUUAACAGAUUAAUAGAGGAUCAAUUGCCAGAACUGUAUAAACAUUUCUGUGACCGUGGCGUGGAGACACACAUGUUCGCCGCACAAUGGUUUUUAACUCUGUUCACAGCCAGAUUUCCACUUUAUCUCGUUUUCCACAUUCUGGACGUAUUCUUUUUGCAAGGACUCGAUACAUUGUUUCAAGUCGCCCUGGCGUUGUUAAUGUUGUGCAAAAAGGAACUGCUUCAGUUGGACUUUGAGAGUAUAUUGAAAUACUUUCGGGUGCAUUUGCCGAAACGUUGUCGCAACGAAGAAGUGUCGCGCUACGUAAUGAAGUUAGCCUGCUCGGUUACGUUAAAGAAACUGAAGAAAUAUGAAGCAGAAUUUAUAACGUUAAAAGAAGCGCAAGAGAACGCGGAUGAGUACAGUAACGAGGUGGAACAACUACGUGGCACCGUGGCCAGGAACGAGGAAGAGAAACAAAGAUUAGAAGCUGAGCUGGUUCAAGUUAAAGAGAUGCUACAACGAGAAGUAGCCAGAGCGGACGCGGAGAGCCGACGCAGUACCGUCAUUAUUGCUGAUUACAAACAGAUCUGUCAACGUCUGGAGGAUGACUAUAACGCUGCGAAAACAACGCUCAGCGAAUUACGGUCCAAGGUCUCAAAGUGCGAUCAAUGUAGAAGUUUCAUCGCGGACUCGUCAAACAUACUGGCAGAUAUCUCGCAUCCUCUAGAGAACCGGAUAGAUCCUAUGCUGCACAGAGUACAGGAGAGGGUACGCGAAUUGGAAUUAGAACUGGCCCAAACCAAGCUGGCCCACGUCGAGGCCGAAUGCAGAAACCAGGAUUUAACGCAUCAGUUGCACGCGACUGCAUCUGAAUUGCAAGCUGCAAGAAACAGCUGGCCAUGGCUGAGCAAAACGCUGUCCAGCAUAAAAGAGGCGGCGAAUAAAAGAGAAGCCAUGGCACCUCCUUCUUUGAUGAAGGAUCUGAGGCGGGACAGCGCGCCCGUAGGUGAAAUGCAUCACUUGAUACAUUCCCGCAGUCGCGAGACUCGCGAAAAUCUAAAGAAAGUUGUGUGAUGCAGCAAGUCCCUCGAUUCGAACGCGUACGUGUACCUGCGGGUACGCGAUAAAACGUACGUUGAAUCGGAAGGGAAAACCCACGACCAUGAUAUUGAAAAGACAGGCUGGGUCUACGUUUCAAAGUAAUGGUUGCUUUUUAACCAGACAGAACGGCGGGACAACGUACUUUACAGGUGACUUAUUUCAGACGCGAGACCGAAUAAGCAAUUUACAUCCACGAUAACACGUAGAUUAUUCCACUUGAUCUGUUAAGAACACGCGUGCUCGACGCGUGCUUUUUAGCGAUGGCAGCUUUACCCCAACGGCGCUGAUAUUCGAUUUUGAGUUACGUCUUUGUUCAAGUUUUUUUGUUACUUUUUUCGAAUAUACUCAUUUUUACCGAAACUUUCGCGGCGCGGAAGUUGGUCGUUAUCGUUAAAAAAAAAAAAAUGUUUUUGUUUAUUCCUUUUGCGCUUCAGCGAAACGUUUCACGCGAAGUUUUAGAGAGUCAUAUCGAUAAGCGAUCGAUUAUGCAAGUAGGACGCGUUACGAUAACACGAAGGACAUCACACGAUAGACGUUAGCGAUAAGUACACUACGUUUUGUAUGAAACUAGUCUAAGAUGUGAACGAUAGAAGUGCUAUAGAAUUCUACACUGUACAUACACGAUACUCUCAGGCACUUAACGAACAUGACAGACUGCAGAAAAUCGGGGAUUCCACGUUCGAUGGAUCGCGAAACGUCUGCGGUUUCAUUUACUUUUUUGUACCGAUUCAUUGCGACAUUCCAAUGUAACGCGAGUACGUGUUUUUUUCCCUUUAUUCGAAUACCCCUGAUAUUUCAAGCCAGACAAAAAAAAAGGCGUUUGUAAGACGCCUUGCACUAACUCUUUAAAUCGCCACGAGUAACGUUCAGCCAUUGACGAAGCUCGCGAGAACAGAGAGAACGUUUCUGUUUAAUUUUUAUACAAAUUCUUGCUAUCUCAACAGUGUUGAUAAACGAACGAUUAAUAUGGUAACAACGGUACGAAGUAACGUAACGCGAGACACGUAAUCGUAUUUUGCCACACGAGACAUACAUAUCUUUUUGUCACUCGUUCUUUCGCGGACUUUGGUUAUGUAAAUUAACGGAGAUUUCGAAAAUACUCGGAAGCACAUUUAACUUGCCAUUUACGUUUCGACGGAGGGCCAUAAAUUACAUUAAGGCACUAAUCAAGAUCGGAACUUAAUUGGAUACUUCCUAAACACACUUUUGUUACGCGAAUAACGAAACGAAAGAACACACCCGUGAAUGCUCGAAAGCACAUUUUUAGGUUAUAAAUUAGUAAUUAGUGCCAUUCGUUCGACGAAGCUACGCGCGUUAAUUCCUUUCGAAUUCCUGACAACGUGAACCGUAUUAUCAUGGUCCACAAUUUCAGCAAUUUCAUAUUACGUUAUGCCAUUAUCUUUCAUCGUAACGUUCACGGAAGAGACGUGGCGACGAUAAUUUCUUUCGAUAAUUUAUUUUUGAUAUUUAAUUGGAUUUUCGUUCAAAUAAUAUUUGUCGAAUAAUAUAUACAGGAUCGAGAGCGAAGAUUACGAUCGCUCUAGAAAUUCAUACAAUAGUUGAGCAAUAGUCCUGCAUCUUAUAUGAAACAAACGAUAUACUUUUCUGUAAAUACUAAAAAAAUAAUAUAUCUAUACGGAUAAAUUACUAACAGGUCAUGUAAAUG